GAAUAAAGAUCAAGGACAUUUCUUUAUCAUUCUGUAAAUAAAACACCUUCGCUUUGCAACAAGUUCACAAAACUAGCUGUUCACUUAAAUAUGGAUAGCAUUAUGUAAUAGCCGAGCUACAUGUCUAGCUAAAGUGUAGGACUAAGGUACAAAGACUUAUCUACAGGUACUUAGUAUAUAGGUCAUCACUAGGUCUUACUGCAGAGGCUCAACAAUCUCCAAUUCUAGCGAUGCCUAUAGCUACAGUUUCUAGGUCUUUGUCUACAUUUGUUCAGAGAGGAAACUAUGGCAGAAUUUGCAGAAUUUCAAAGUUUGGCUUCUGCACUGUCCCCAAAAGGAAAGGCAUUUUAGAGAGGCUUGCUGAAGGUCCUGUCAUAGGAGAUGGCAGCUAUGUUAUAACAUUAGAAAAAAGAGGCUACUUGAAAAUGGGACCUUUCACACCAGAGGCAGCCAUUGAACACCCCGAUGCUGUUCGCCAGUUGCACAGAGAAUUUCAAAGAGCAGGAGCAGAUGUCCUUCAAGCCUUCACAUUCUACUCAACUGAUGGAAAACUCAAUAUAGUGGAAGGAAAAAAGGAUUAUGCAGCUGUGGAUCUUAACCAGUCUGCAUGUGAUAUUGUUUGGGAGGUGGCAAGGACAUCCCCAGAUACUCUAGUAUGUGGAGGAGUGUCUCCUACCCCAACCUACACACAGGGAAAAGGCAAGGAUGCAGUUAAAGAACAGUUUCAGACUCAAUGUGACAUCUUUAUCAAGAACAAAGUAGAUUUUCUACUGGGAGAGUUUUUUGGUCAUGUGGAGGAGGCAGAGUGGGCCAUUGAAGUGAUGAAGUCUUGUGGAAUGCCAGUUGCUUGUACACUAAGAAUAGGCCCCCGCGGAGACCUAGUGGGAGUCCCCCCUGGAGAAUGUGCCAUCAGAAUGGCAAAAAAGGGUUGCGAUAUAGUUGGUAUCAACUGUUCAUUUGACUACCACACAGAACUCAAGACAAUCAAGAUGAUGAAGGAUGCUUUAGCUGCAGAGGGCUUAUCACCCUAUCUUAUGACCCAGCCUCUUGGGUAUCAUGUGCCAGAGGUGGACAAUAACGUGAUUGGCUACUAUGAUCUCCCAGAAUAUCCAUAUGCAAUGGAACCUCGUUUGAUGACAAGGUGGGAUUGCCGAGACUAUGCGCGUAAAGCAUAUGAAAUUGGUGUUCGCUAUAUUGGAGGGUGCUGUGGGUUUGAGCCGUACCAUAUACGAGAGCUUGCUGAAGAGCUUGCUCCUGAAAGAGGAGGAAAGCGACCACCUGGAGCUGAUAAAAAUGGAGUUUGGGGUGAUAGCAUGGCAGAGUCCACUAUAAGUAAUCACACCCCCACAAGAAACAAUAAAGAAUACUGGCAGAGUGUGGUUCCAGCCUCAGGCCGCCCAGGUGGACGUUUGGUCAAUGAAAUUGUCAGCUAUGAGGGACAACUGAAAUAAGGAACCAGCACUUCAUAAUUACGUAUUUUAACUGGAAGAAGCUGAUAGAUCUAUAAAUCUUUGAAAGAAUUGUUAAAUGAGUUUAAAUCCUAGAGUGUAGGUCAAUGGUGUUUUUUAGAAAAAAAGCUUAUAAAAUGUUUAAGCAUUUGUGCUUUUCUUAUAUUUACUUACUUUUUCAAGAAUGUGCACAUUGUGAAAACCAUCACCUAUGUUUAUGUGUCAUGGGAAACUUUUCUAAAAGGCAUUGGCUGCCAACAGGCUUACUAGCUGACUGUUAGUGAUAGUGAAACAUGGGCAAUCAGCUUUGAAAUCAUCUAAGAUAUCAACAUAACUGCGAAGAAUUUGACCGUAUCACAUCUCAUGCUAACCAUGCAGGUUGUAGGGAGGGGCACACAUUAUUAUAACUGCUCUGAGUAUAAAAGAAACAAUAUACCAAAAUUAUUAAAUUAUUUAUCAACUCAACGUACUUCCAUCUUUGGAGUUCAACAGCCGUGUUGUUUCUUAGUGAAGGGUCAUCCCUAUCAGCAGUGCCUUUGUAUUGCAUGACGAGGCCGAUGAUGGUCCAAAGAUCUUUUUAAGAGCUAAAUAAGCAUGUAAACGCUCAACACUUUAAAACAAUUAAAAUAUUUUAUCAAAUGUAGUGAAGAUAAAUUCACAGUUAGAUCAUUUUGAUGUGCAAGUACUAGUACAUGUAGCAAUUAAAACAUUUAAAUGAGAUAGCACACAGUAAUAGAGUAUCAGUUAAAGAAGGCAAAAUCACAACAUUUUGGCGAAAGCAAAGUAUCCCUACUCUCAUUGACGAGAUGCCUUCUAUUUCCAUCCACAGUGCCUCUAAGCAUUUUGGACCACAGUGUGCUCAUCAAAUUUUAUUUGCAUAUGUACUCUGUUGCUUAUGAUCAAUAUAAAUCUGAGCGACAGUUUUUUAAUUUGAUUUUUUACCUCAGCAAAUCUUCGUAAAUAAAACAAACAUUUAAAUUGACUUACUAUAUCUAACUAUUUUACGUGCAAUAUACUGUAUAUUAAAAUGCACUCGUCCAAUACUGCCAUUAUAACAAAUAUGAAGCGAUUCUACAGAAAAGUAGAUGAUGUUUUACUGAUUGUAAUAUGAGGUUGUCUGUCAAUCGGCAAAUUUUCACUGCUGGGAGGUACUUUUUAAGUUACGCUGAAUUGACCACUUAUUUUUAUUAAUUUUAAUUUUUUUAUUAUUUUGGGUACAUCAUUUGCCUAAAUAUCAGUAAUUGAAAAAAAUAUCAAUCAAUAUGUUAAUAAAUUGCAUAAUAAAUCCCUUGGUCUCAUUUGUUUAGUUAUGAUAAAACCCGCAAGAGGUGAUAUAAGUUGUGCAGUGACGUCAUUGAAGGGCUAGCAUGGUAAUCUACGCUAAACCAAAAAGUUUUUAAAACGCUACUGUAAACCAUAACAGAAAUG